UUGUUGAUAUUGAGUACUUUUAUUACUAUGCUUCGUUUCCAGUAACGUCAACUAGUGGUACACCUUUUAACAUACUACAUGUACACUUCUCAUUUAUUACAUACAUGGGCCUGAAGAUGGAAUAAUGAGAUGCAAAAACAAGUCGUCAUUGGUAGCAGUGGCGGAGGUCCACGGGCAACCUCGAGAGUCUACCACCGCUAACAUCUUGAAUGAGGAACUAAGCACCGGCAAUAUCACGGCUGAGAAUAGAUUUCUGGGAAGGUCGUCCUACACGGAAGAUGACGAUGAUACCAUUUGUGUCGCAGCAGACAACAAGUUCUACUUGUAUGCUAAUUCCCUGAAGCUGUAUUCUUGCUACAACCAGCUACCGAAAGUUUACGUGGUGAAACCAAAGAGUCAGUGUAAACCGUACCUGUCAGACUGCCCCAGGAACUAGGAGUAUUGCAAGUCUGAUGGCUCACCUUCAAGGGACUGACUCGUCUGCGAGUGAGUGAAGACUAAAUGGCUGGCCUGCUGACUGAAGACAUCUCAUGUUUCCAGAGAAGCCCAUAAACUGCAAGAGCGUCAUUACUUGCCUUUUUACUCAAACAUGACCGGGGGAAUCUACUCAUCCUCUUCUAUGAAGUUCCUGAUUACUGCACGACAUGCAAAAUAAAUUUCAUUACUGCAAAGAUUAGUAUUUAAAAACAU